AUGCCAGUGACUGACCGUUUGUCAGAUUGCGAACCGGUGGUGACAAUCAAUCGCUGCAUCAGCUCGAUCUACGCCUACCGCAGCAACGCAGAUGCGCAGAGCAUCCGUGCAGCAGAAACAAAGAUCGGUCGGGCACCUCCCCGCUCGCCAAAUGCCAACGAUGUGGUGUCCGUGACGGUGGAGGACUUUGUGCGCAUGGACGAUGUAGACCGUGCAAUGGCUCACGUUAGAAGCAAAGCCUCUGUGGCCGAGCAGUUCCUGAAGAGUGGCUGGCACAAGCGUGUGCUUCUCCUGACACGUGCCAAGCACCCGUGGGUCACCAUGCAGUACGUGAGCCUGUUCCGCUCACACACAGUCCGUGCCUCGCUGAUCAUAUUGAAGUUGGUGUCAGCGGCGGCUGCCAAUGCACUCUUUUUCAUCAGUGCAGCCACAACGCCGGACUCGGACCCCGACUGCGCACCUCCCCAGAACUUUGCUGAGCGUAUGCUUCGGGCAGGCAUCGUCGGCAUCUUGUCCGCGUGCAUGGGGGACAUCCUAAUUGUCCUCCUAGCCAUGGUGCAGCGUCGCUCUGUGGUCAUCCGCGAGAGCUGGACACUCGAGGCAAAGGACUGGCAACUUAAGCAGUGGCUCUGCAGGAGCUAUCUCUUUUGGAUACUCUGGCUCGCGGAUGUCAGCAUCUCCGUUCUAUACGUUUUUGGUUUCCUGGCCAAUGUAAGCAUGGCGGAUGCAGAGAAAUGGAUGGCCAGCACUGGGAUGAGCCUUCUACAGGAUCUGGUGCUGAAGCCUGUGUAUUUGGCUCUUGCCUACGGGACGCUGGCCAGUCUUGUCCUCUGCGCCAGCCCGAGCAUCGCUGAGAAGGUCAUGCUUCGUUGGAUGCUCUGCGAAGAGACUCCGGAGAAAAGCGCAGACCUUGAGGCAGCAUCGAGGCCUGCAACGGAUUCCUUGCGGCAAGCCUGUACAGCAUCUCAUGACGCCGCCGAAAUCUAUACGGAUUCAAUCUGA